UGACGUGUUUCUUGCAGAGCAGAUGGCUUUACACAUAAAUCCUAUUAGCAACUUUCUGCUGAUAGAGACAUCACACUAAGUUCAGGGCUUUCUCGUUCUUUUAUCUAUGUGAGAAUCUGGUUUUUACUACUUUCUAUUAAUUGAAAAAGAGUCAAUAGUGCAUCCUAAUUUGGAGAGCAAGCCAUGUCUGCAGAAAAGAAGCCAAAAAAGAAGAAAGAACAGCCCAACGGUAGCUCUGAAGCCAAACUCAACGGAAGUGAAGGCAAACCUAAGAAAACUAAGACAAAGAAGAGUGAAGAUGCAGCAGAAGAUGAUGCCUCCACCACUCAAAGUGGAAAAAAAGUAAAGAAAAAGAAACCAGAAAAAGAUAAAGAGGAACCUGAGAAGGAUAAAGAAAAAGAGCCAAAAAAGAAAGCCAAAAGUGCUCCAAAAAAGAAAAAAUCCUCAAACACUGAAGAGGAUGAUGAGGAGGAGGAGGAUACCCCAAAAAAGAAAACAAAGAAAAAAACAGCAAAGGAGAAUUCUCCAUCUGCAAGUAAUACCAAGGAGAAAAAAUCUAAAACUAAAGAGGACAAAGAUUCUGAUGGCAAAGAUAAAAAGUCAAAAUCAAAGGACAAGGAGAAGAAGAAAGAACCUGCAUCAAUGUUUAUGAUAAAUGGGGACAAAUCAUCUAAAAGCAAAAAGAAAGCUGCCAAAUCAGAGAGUGAUGACAGUGAAGAAGAGACAAAGUUAAGCAAAUCAAAAAAGAAAUCAACUGCUGGUUCGGCAUCUAUGUUUCAGACAACAGCAGAUAAGGAAAAAGACAAAAAGACAAAGAAAAAAGCAAAGGUAGAAGAGAGUGAUGAAUCUGAAUCAGAGAAAGAAGAGAAGACAAAGAAGAAAAAGGCUAAAGGAAAGAAGAAGAAGGAGAGAGCUCCCUCACCUGAGAUUGAGUUUGACGACUUGGAGACGUUUGUGAUGGAGCCAGCUCCACAGGGUGUGACGGUGAAAUGCAGAGUGACUCGGGACCAGAGAGGAGUGGAUAAGAGCCUCUAUCCUCUGUAUUAUCUUCAUCUAGACAAUGAGAAAAAGACAUUCCUGUUGGCUGGAAGGAAAAGAAAGAAAAGCACAACUUCAAAUUACCUCAUCUCCAUUGAUGCCACAGACUUAUCAAGAGGUGGUGAGAACUUUGUGGGAAAACUAAGGUCCAAUUUAAUGGGAACUAAAUUCACAGUGUUUGAUAACGCUCUAAAUCCAGAAAGAGCUCUUCCAGACAUGUCUAAUGCACGGCAAGAGUUAGCUGGCAUCAUCUAUGAAACAAAUGUCCUUGGAAUGAAAGGGCCCAGACGGAUGACGGUCAUCAUUCCAGGAAUGAGCAAGGACAAUGAGAGAGUCCCACUCAGGCCCAGAAAUGAAUGUGACGGCUUGUUGGUAAGGUACCAGAAUAGAAGGAUGGAAAAUCUGAUUGAGCUUCACAACAAGACACCCGUGUGGAACGAAGAAACUGCCUCUCAUGUGCUGAAUUUCAACGGCCGAGUCACACAAGCCUCCGUCAAGAACUUCCAGAUAGUUCACAACAAGGACUUGGACUACAUUGUGAUGCAGUUUGGAAGGAUAGCUGACGACAUAUUUACUCUGGACUAUAACUACCCCAUGUGUGCCGUCCAGGCCUUUGCCAUCGCACUCUCCAGCUUUGAUGGGAAAAUUGCUUGUGAAUAAUCCAAAGAUAUUCACAAGCACUACAGUGUUAGCACAAGCACUACUACCAACGGUAGUUUAACAACUACUGUAACCUGUGAGUAGUGGUAACCAGCAGUGGAUACCUGUUGCAGCGGUGCCACCUCUUUGCUAUUCAGAUUUCCUCCUGCAGGUGUCAGAAGCAAGUUCAACCUUUGUAGCUUAGUCUGAUUUAACAUGAAUUUUCAGAAUUAGAGUUUAUCACAAAAUGUCACAAUUAAAAUGUAAA